CAUGAAUUUUACUAUGGUUAUAUCUGAGUUUGAAGUGACUCACUGUUAUCGUGCUGUGACCUCUGCUGCUGUUUAUAAUGCUUUGUGGAACUUAGGGUUAAAAAUGACCUUAACGACAGAAUAUCUCAUGUAUAAACAACAGUUUCCAUAUUAUACCUUCUACAUUUUAAUUGAAAAUAAUAUCUUUAAAAAGAAAAAAUUCACAAUUCAAUACAAAAAAUUUAUAUUAAUUAAAUUAAAAUUGAAAAAAUUAUUAUAAUAAUCGAUAAUUUUAUUAUAUCCAGAAUAUUUUUUUUUUAAUUUCAUAAUAAUCAUUAAAAUUACCUAUACACAGUAGGUAUAUGAUAAGUAGAAUAAUGUCAGUGCCCGUUUUUCAAAUUCCAAAAACACAAAUUUUAUCUCCAUUUGAUGAGAAAUUCGUGACGACGAACUCGAUUUUAAAUUUAAAAUUAUCCUUCCCGGAUAAUAAAAUUUCUAAUAAUUUAGAAUGCAAAAGGCCUGUAACAAGUAUUGAACCUGAAUUAUUGCAGUUGGAAAAUCUUUUUGUCGAGAAUUCGAAGAAAAGUAAGAGAGGAUUUCGCCGAAACAGGAAAUCCUGUAAACCUUAUGUUUGUCAAAAAAAUAGACUUUCGAAUUCGGAUGACGAGAAUUUUUGGCGAGUUGCAAUGAUUCAUUUUGAUGCUACUGAAAAUAAAGGAAAAUUCUUUCCAAGAAAAAUGGAAGAUAUCGAUGUUGUGGAGAUGGAAAAUUUGGAGGAAAAUUGUGAUUCAGAAGACAUGAGUGAGGAAAAUAUUUUUUCUGGAAAUAUAACUGUGACAAUUAAAGAUAAGCCAGUUAUUGAGUCGAAAGAAGAAAUUUUUAAAAUUUUGAGAAAAGCAUUUGAAUCUUUUAAAAUUAAUGCUCAGGAAGGUCGACGACUUCAAGAAUUGAAGACAAAGGUUCAAGAGAAAAUAUCGAUGAAACGAUUAAGAAGAUGUUUCGACGCCUGGAGAAUUCGGGUCACAAAUUUGAAGGCCUUGGAUAAAAAGAAGAAGGAAAGUCGUGAAUUAUCCAACGACAGAAAAAUUGAACUCUUUAUUAAUGCAAUUGCCGAGAAACAAAGACAAUCGAGAAGAUUGAGAAAAUGUACAUCUUCAUCAUCUCCAAGAACAAUGGAAUCAAAACGAAAUUUACACUGCAAAAGUGCUCCCGAUAAAAUAAUUGACAACGAUUCUAAUAUAUCAAAAAAUUAUAAAUCAUCACAAUUUGACUUGAAUAAAUCAAAUUUCCAUCAGACAAGACUGCAAAUUCAACGAAAAAUAAUCGAAGAACAAAGAAUGAAAUUGGCUCUACAAAAUAAAAUUAUUGAGGAUCUGAAAUUAAAAGAAAUUAAUAGGGAAACUAAAAAAGCUCAUCGUGAUACAAUUGAUGCCACUCGGGAUGCUUUAACUUUCUGUGAAAGGAACACAAGAAGAUCAUUAAUUUCUCUCAUGAAGGAACCGAGCUGCAGAGCUGAAUAUGCAGAGACUCUGCAAGUGCCAGGAACGCCCGAUUUUUUGAUAAGAAUGGAAGCGAGAGCAGAAGCGCGAAGGGAACGUGUACGAAAAUCCGAAGAAGCUCGAAUGAAACGAAUUGAAGAAGAACGAAGAAAAGAAAACGAAUUACGAAAGAAAGAAGAAAUCGAAAGAAAACGAUUGCAACAUGAAGCACAAAAAGAGGCCAAAAGACUUCGUGAAGAGCGAGAGGAGAAGCGAAUUCUCGAAAUCGAGAGAGCAACAUUUCUCAACGAAAGAGCUGAUAAUUUCUAUCGACUAUUUCUUCUUCGUCGAUUUAUUUUUCACCCUCUUCUCGCUCUCCUACAUGAAAAACAAGUGUUUUUCAUCAAAGCAGUAAAUCACAACAAUAACAAACUUGUAAGAAAAUUUUUUUCCGCUUGGAAAUUGGAAAUUGAUCAACAACGUGCAAUUAAAGAGGAAUUAGCAAUUUCCGUAUACAAACGAAAUUUAUUAUGGUCGUCAUUUGUCAAUUGGCUAAAAUACACUUGUCAUGAGAGACAAAAAUAUCACGUAGCCAGUGAUUUUCACGACUUAAAAAUUGUAUCAAAAAUUUUUAAAAUUUGGCAAAUACAAACGAUGAAAUCCAAUAUUUUGAACAAGAAAAAUGAGCAAAUUGCACGCGAUCAUUGCGACAUAAAAUUAAAGAUGAAAUUUUUUUACCUAUGGAUGAGAUUUCCUGAAAUAUCUAAUGAAAUCAAAGAGAGCGAAAAGCAAAAACGAAAGUGGCGAGAAUUGAUCCAAAGAGUAAUUCCCGAUUUUGAUCCUAGACAUCGGGGAGUUGCAAUUGAUGACUAACAAAAAAAAAUAUACUCCUCUUUUAUAAUCAUCUAGUAAUUAAGAUUAACGUAAUUAUAAAAGCUAUUUUUACAGUCGUAGAAAAUAAGGAAUUUUUUAUGUGCAAUAAACAAAAGUUAGCAAUCGAUUAGUAUUUAUUGCAAUAAUCAUACACAAUGGUCACUUUAUCGCUUUAUCACAGUUAUUACGAUGAAAAAUGUUCACAUUGUUUUUAUAUAUUAAAAGUACACAUUAAGAAAAGUAAUCGAAGAAAAAUGAGAUCACUAAAAAUUCACAAUUUGCCUGCAUUUUAAAUAUAUGAGCAUCGAAGAUAAUAUUUUUUUUUACAAGUCAAAUUGUAACGACUAUCUUUUUCCCUUUAUCAUUUAUCGACAUUUUCCUAAGUUUACUUAAAUAUAUAUAUAUAUGUAUAUGUAUAAAUAUUUGUGAUAUGUGAUGAAAUGAUUUCGAUUUCGCUUCAAAUAUACGGAAAAUAUUUAAUUUAUUAAACGUAAAUUUCUGCUUUAAAAAAAUGAUAAAUACAUAUAAGACGAGUAAAUUUAUUUCCUUAAAUAACAAUUAUAAU